CAUCAGCCUGCGUGUGUGGGGCCAUUUUUGAGUAAGCGUGUAGCGUGAGCGUGAGAAGCUCUGGCAUUUUCAACUUGACAUAUGUUGUUUCUUUUUCUAAAAAGUGAUGAAUCAAGAUACGGGAAUUCUAAUAAUCUGUAUAGUGGCUUGUUUCCAUCAAGCGUCAAGCGAGACACGAGUUACUGGCUACAUCGGCCAGUCUGUCAUUUUGAAAUCAGGGGUGGAUCCAUCCUGGAAACUCGAACGAGUUCAGUGGUCCAUCUACACCAACACAACAUAUAUUGCCAUUUUUGAGAAUGGCAAAGUUGAAACCAGGUCCUCUAGAUAUAAGGGGCGUCUUUCACUUAAUGAGUCUUCAGGAGAUUUGGAGAUUAAGGAGUUAAAGGCAGAUGACGGCAUGAGAUACACUGUGUCCCUGCUGAGCACAACCUACAAGCAGCAAGACAACCAUAUUUCCCUCACAGUUUUGGAACAGCUCAGAAAACCGGACAUAGUCGUGCUGUAUGAGACUCUGGUUAAAGAGGACUGUAUAAUUGCACUUAAGUGCUCUUCAUCAAAAAAUAACAACAUUCUAUCCUGGACACCUGCAAAUGAAUCCAGUUUGCCUUUUGUGAGCGGGAAAAUAAGCUCCAACGUGUCAGAGCUGUGGAUGCACUUCACACCCAACAGAAAGGUGACCUUCACCUGCACGGCCACAGAUGGACAAAGGAGUGCAUCAGAACAAAUUACUGUACAAUGCCAAGAAGAGACACUUAAAACAACACCCCAACCAGGAUGUCCCACAGUCAUGCCUGCCCCAUGUGAAAGAUAUUGUCAUGGGAUUGUUGCUUCUCUAGUUCUUUUGGCCUUCGUCAUUGCAAUAGCAUCAUUUAAAGAUCAGAUCAAAAAAUGUAUACUCGAUGCCUAUGCUGCUGUUCGUGGAAGAGGUCCAACUCUGUGAAGAAAAUGCAAAACUGCACUAUGCAUAUCUUGAAUAUUAUGCAUAUUUUUUAUAAUUUGCAUAUUUUACGCUUGUCUUCUAGAUACGUUAAACCACUGGACCUUUAGAUUAUUUGAUUUAUGUAUGAUGCCUUAAUGUUUCGUUAUUGUGUUUUCUUUGAGAAAAUAAUCUUUUAAUGCUUUGUUGAAUGUGUCAGGUGUAAUACCCACCACCACCACCACAGGUCAGCAUCACCUGAGUGAUUUGCAUCCUAGUGACUCCUUAACCUGUCUGACCUGCAGCUCAUUAACCUCCCUUUAUAAGGACCUUCAUAAACUGUGUUGUGAUCUAUUCUGUUUUGUUUUUGUUUUUUUGGACUGCCUAUGACUCUGAUCUCGAUUUAGUGUUUUGAGUAAAACGAGAUUAUAGAUAGAGGAGUCUUCCUUACAGAAUGUUUACAGUGUUUUGAUGAACAAUAAUAGAAGCUGAUAAACUGUAAACCCAUUGUCAUAUAUUUUGCUCAUGUCUAUCAUUUUAUCAUUUUGUAUCAUGUGUCAGUAUUAUCAUUUUAUUUCUUUUUUAUUUAUUGUUGUUAUUAGUCGUAGUACUCCGUCUUGAAUUCAGCUUAGUGUGGGACCUCUAGCUGUGUGUUUAUAUUGAAAAAAGCUUUAAAAGAAUAAAACCGUCCUUUCUAUACAUUCUUAAA